CCGAGGGGCGCGUGGCGGGCGGGAUCUCCGCCGGCGGCUGUUCGUCGCCCGUCGACGGUGGAGGAACCGAAGGGGGCGGGGAGGCGGCAAUUAAAAAAGAAAAUAAAGAGGCGGAAAAAUAAAAAUAAAAGAUUGGCGAAAGACCAUCGGACCUUUGCACUCCCUGGCAGUUUCCUCUUCGGCGGUUGUCAGUCACGAUCGGGCUGGAAAAGACUUAGUUUUACCUCAGAAAAUCACUCGGCAGCAGGAAAGUGCCCAAGCCCCAGGCCAGAGGAAAACCAAGCACAAUGUCUUAAUCUGCACCAAGGAGGCACACAGGGACCUGUGCUGCGGCUAAAGACGGAGGUUGGAUUAUUGCCAGUAAUCCUCAGCCAAGACUUAAAAACUGGGGUCCAACAUGGGAGCAGCCGAGGACGAGCUGAUUGGGAUCCCUUUCCCGGAGCACAGCAACGAGCUGCUGCAUAGCCUCAAUGAGCAGAGGCGCAAGGGGCUGCUCUGCGACCUGACCAUCGUGGCUCAGGGGCUGGAGUACCAGACUCACCGGGCAGUGCUGGCCGCCUGCAGCCAGUACUUCAGGAAGCUGUUCACCGCCAGGCCCUUCCGAGGCCAGCGGGACGUCUGCGAGCUGGACUUUGUGCGUCCCCGGGUGCUGGGUGCCCUCCUGGAGUUUGCCUACACGGCCACUCUGACGGUCAGCAGCUCGGACAUGAGGGAGGUGCUGCAGGCGGCCCGCCUGCUGGAGAUCCAGUGCGUGACCGAUGCCUGCGCUGACAUCCUGCAGAGCAGUGGCGCCUCUGAGCCACCGCAGCCCACCCCUGACCCACCAGCCAUCUACGCCGGAGCCAGCCUGUACCCGGAAGGUCCUGCCCAGGAGGAGGCAGCAGCAGUGGCUGCCGCGGCCGAUCUACAGACGCUGGAGGUGCCCAAGGUCCGGCGCCGCAAGAGGCCCAAGAAGCCGCCCCGUCUCUCGCUGAACCACCGCGGCAGGAGCCUGUACCGGAUUGUCCAGCCGCUGCAGACCUCCAUGGAUACAGACGCCGAGCUGGACCGGAGGCACCCAGAGGCUUGCCUGGGAGAGCAGGAGUGCAGCCCCGGGGCUGGCGGCCAGCAGGAGGGCGAGGGGGAUGGGGGUUUCCUCGCCGAGGAGGGAGGGGGACUGUCUUGUCACCAGCUGGCCCCCUCCUCCUCCCCUCUCCUCCCUCUCGCCGGCGACGAAGAGAGCGCCGAGCUACCCGCCUCCACUUACCUGAGCCUGGUCAGCAACGGUCUCCUCAGCGACGGGCCACUUUCCGCGCUCGACAGGGCCCCAGGGACCCGCCGCAGGAAGUCGCAGAUGCCCCAGGAGUGCCCCAUCUGCCACAAGGUCAUCCACGGAGCGGGCAAGCUCCCGCGGCACAUCCGCACCCAUACCGGUGAGAAGCCGUUCGCUUGCCAGGUCUGUGGCGUCCGCUUCACCAGGAAUGACAAGCUGAAGAUUCACAUGAGGAAACACACGGGCGAGAGGCCGUACUCAUGCACCUGCUGUGAUGCUCGCUUCCUCCACAGCUAUGACCUGAAGAACCACGCCCGGCUCCACACUGGGGACAGGCCCUUUGAGUGCAGCCAGUGCCGGAAGGCCUUUGUACGUAUUGACCAUCUCCAGCGACACCUGAAGGGCCAGAACUGUCUGGAGAUCCGCACCAGGAAGCGCCGGGGUGACAGCCAGGGACCACAGGAGCACCUGGUCAACUGGGAGCACUCAGGAAUGGAUGGCACCUUCCCAGAGGAGUACAGGAUCGAGAGAGAGACCCUAGGAAUGGACUGUGUCUUCCCAGAGGGAUACAGGAUCAAGAGGGAGACCCAUGGAAUAGACGGUGCAUUCCCAGAGGAAUAUGGAAUUGAGAAGGAAACCCCGGGAAUCGACAGUGCAUUCCCAGAGGACUAUGGGAUCAAGAGGGAGCCCUCGGGGACAGACAGGAAAUUCCCGGAGGGAUAUGGGAUCAAGAGGGAAUCCCCAGGAAUCGACGGUGCAUUCCCAGAGGACUAUGGGAUCAAAAGGGAGCCCUCGGGGACAGACAGGAAAUUCCCGGAGGGAUAUGGAAUCAGGAGCGAGUCCCCAGGGAUUGAUGGUGCGAUCCCAGAGGGAUAUGGGAUCAAGAAGGAGCCCUCGGGGGCAGAUAGGAAUUUCCCAGAGGGAUAUGGGAUCAGGAGCGAGUCCCCAGGGAUUGAUGGUGCGAUCCCAGAGGGAUAUGGGAUCAAGAAGGAGCCCUUGGGGAUCAGCAGGAAAUUUCCAGAGGGAUACAGGAUCAAGAAGGAGCCUCUGGCAAUAGAUUGUACCUUUCCCGAGGGAUACAGGAUCAGGGGGGCACCUCUGGGACUAGACGGCACAUUCCCAGAGCGAUACAGGAUGACAGUGGAGCCCCCACAAACAGAAGGAGACAGUGACCAGGAUGACUUGCGAGUUUGGGGCCACAGCACUGUCAAGUGGAAUAGUCAGCCAGGGGAAGACAUCCUGGUGGAUCCCUCAUAAUCUGACCAAGCACAGUUAUAUUUUUUUAUAGAUUGCUGCAAAACUCCCCUGCUCAAACCUUUGCAUAUUAUCUGCUUCAGUGGGACUGUGAAGCAGGCUGUGGGAGGCAGGGUUUUUUUAAAAUAUGCUUUAAGCCGUUCAGGACAAGUGUCUGCCUCUAUGCACCUUUUUAAUGUUUCUGGGAUAAGUGGCAACUUUUGCAAUGAAACACUGUUUUUGUGUGUGUUUGUAUAUGUCUAAGUGAAUGUGUGUAUACUUGCGUAAAGUGCAAGUGAGCGUGUGUACUUGUAUGUGUCUGAGUGAAUGUGUACAUGCGAGUGUACAGUGUGUGCAUGUGUUUGUGUGUCUGAGUGAAUGUGCGUGGACUUGUGCAAGUGUACAAGCAUGCAUGUGUUUGUGUGCAUGAAUGUGUGUGUAAGUCUGCAUGUUAUGUGUAUGCGGUAGAAAUUGUGUGUACUUGUGUAAAUGUGCAAGUGUGUGCACAUAUGUUUGUGUGAAUGUGUACGCAUGUGUAAAUAUGUAUGCAUUUGAUUCUGAGUCAAUGUCUUUGUACAUGUUUAAAUGUGCGUGUGUGUGCAUGCAUUUGUGUGAAUGAAUGUGUACACGUGUGUAAAUAUUUGUGUCUGCAUUUGGUGAGUGAGUGAAUGUGUGUGUGUGUGCUUUUGUAAAUGUGCGAAUGUGUGGCUGAGUGAAUGUGUGCGUGGAGGUGUGAAAAUGUGCGAGCAUCUGAUAUGUAUGUAUAUGUCUGUACCUGUGACUGUGUGUAUGUAUGUCUGAGAUAAUUGGGCGUUACAUGUUUUUGAAUGUUCUCACUUUGGCAGCGAGAAGCCAUUUGUGUCUGAUGUGAUGCCCAGCACACAGGCACAAGCAUCGGGCACAUCCCUGGAGGAAUGUCGCCCCUGAUGGGUACUGGUAUCAGGCAGUCCAGGGGAGCGAGCGGGAGACACACACAAGCUGCCAAGCAACUUUCUCCGGAGAGUUAGAGUUGGCUCACGUUGGUGCAAUUGUUGCAUCAUGUGGUGCGGGUGAGGACCUGCCACUCCUGGGCUUUGCUGACCUGCCGUUUCCGAAAAGGGCGAAGCAUUUGCACUUGGCUCUACAUGUCCAGCCAGCGUAGCCAUCGUUUCCAAAUCCACAGGAUGGUCUCCGUUUGGCCUUUGUUCUUCGUCACACCUUCCCCGCUGAAUUCCCCCCCCCCCCCC